AUGCCUGUGGCAACCGUGAUCGUCGAUGCUGUGCUUUUUGACAUGGACGGGACCCUCCUUGAUUCCACCGCAGGUGUCGUCGGUGCCUGGGAGAAAUUCAAGGAAACAUAUCCAGGGAUCGAUAUUCACAAAAUCCUUGACACCGCACACGGUGUCAGGACGGUAGACAAUCUCAAGAACUACUGCGGACUAACCGAUCCAGAUGAACUAGAGCGGGAGGCACUACGCUUCGAGACUGCUAUCGUAGAGACAUCGACCAACAAUGGCCGACAAGGCAUCGUGAAACUCCCCGGCGUAUCCGCCAUCAUCGAAGAACUGGAACCAACCCUCGCCGAUCCCCAGCAAUGUUGGGCCAUUUGCACUUCCGCGACACGGGCGUAUGCGACAGCAGCUCUUGGAAUCGCCGGCAUCCCAAUUCCCAAGGUGUUCGUUGCGGCUGAGGAUGUCGAGAAAGGAAAGCCGUUCCCGGACCCCUACUUGCUCGGGGCGAAGUUAUGCGGGGUCGGGCCCGAGAAAUGUAUCGUCAUCGAAGACGCGCCAAGUGGUAUCCGCAGCGGCAAGACGGCUGGCUGUCAAACUAUAGGCUUACUCACGACCCACAAGUUAAGCCAGGUACAAGAGGCCGCACCAGACUUUGUCGUUCCCAAUCUUUCAAGUGUGACCAUGAAGAGGACCGACGAUGGCAAGGUCAAGAUCACGAUUACAAUGGAAUAA